UGACGAUUGACAAUACGGAACAAAGAAUGAUAUAUACUAUAUUACUGUCUAUUGAAAAAACAUUUUCGCCAUAUUUUAAAACGAAAUUUUUAGUUUGUGAAAGUCUCGGCAUAUUAUAAAUUGUAAACACUUAGGUAGAUUUACUGAGUACCUACAGACGAAUUAAUAACGCGCAAAAGUUUUUUUUUUCACGUUUGGAACUUGCAGUGUCAUAAGCAGAAUGUCUAUCUUUGACUAACCAUGAUCGUACAUAUUUUUUAGGACAACAUUCAGUAAGUGGAGGGCCAGUACAAUUAACAAGACAAUACGAGCCCAUUAUGAAUGCACUUGGUGAUUCAUCAUGUAGGUAUUCAGGUAAUUUUGAUAGCGGUAAUAAAAUAUGUCACAAAGAUGUAGUGAAGAUAGAUACACUUCCAAAAGAAUGCACAGCUUUUGUUUUUGAUGGAGUUGUAUGUACUUCAGAUUAUGAAAUCGUGGCUAGAUGGAUACCAGAAGAUAUAGCACACUUACAAUCACUUAUAGAUUUUGAGGAUGGUUCACACAACGUGUACUUAUUUUAUAAACAUCAAACCUUAGACGAAUGGAAUGACGCAAUUUUUUUUGGAGAUUUUCAAACUGAAGCACAAAAAGUGCAUGAAUUUAUUGAUUUACAUGCUGUAAAGGGGUUAAUUCUGGAUGGAAUAGAUGAUCCUCUUUUAUCUGAAGAUGGUGGCGGCAACUUUCACAAGAACUUUUCAGCCUAUGUAACGGCUAUUAAAACUGAGAAUCCAGAUCUGGAAAUCGGGUUUUAUUUGAGUGCAAGACUUUUCAUAAUAAAUGCAAAUGAGACGGAAAAUUCAACUUGGUUUGAUUUUUGUAAGAUGAAUGACGUUUUGGAUUUCUAUGUCAUUGAAUUUGCUACUUUUAAUAUAUGUUUUGACGAAUUUUUACAUGGUGGAAUAACUCCUCUUGAUUCAACAAAUCCAGACGAUAUGACAUUAAAUAAAUUUGCAGCUGCUUUAAAGCAAUCUACCAUUGCAAAAGACAAAGUUUAUUUCGAAUUUUUAAUAAGCCCUGUACCAAUACCUGAAGAAAAUGACAAUUUUAAACAUUGUGAAUUAUCGUAUAACGAGUAUUGUGAAAACCACGACCAGUACCAAGAAAUAUGGUGUGUCGAUAACCAGGACAUAUUGAAUAAGAAAGGUAAAUUUGCCAAAGAUUAUUCAAAUGGAUUCAUUGGGAGGGAUAUAGAUUUAGUCGAUCGUGAUAAUAAAUGUGAAUGUGAUAAUAAGUACGUAACGUUUUAUAUGUUAUUAGAUGGAUAUAAUAAUGCAAAUGAUCCACUAACUUGCCAAGCAUUCAAUUAGCCUAUUUAGUCUAAUAAAUACUUGAAUUAAUUGUUAUUGCCAAAUGCUGUAAUUAGGCACAAAAUAUGUACUAUUAAUUAAUAAAUUGUGUC